CAUUAAUUGCCUAUUCAUCUCUUAGGAUUCCAUGCUUGAAAAGUAACAAAUAGUCAGUCCAUUACAUAGUGAAGUAACAGAACUAAGAAGAAGCGGGUGUGCAGAGCCUUCCAUUACAUAAUACAUAGUCAGUCCAUUACAUGGUCACAUUAAAUAGUCCAUUUGGCAUUCCAUGAUUUCAUCAGUCGUACUCAUCAUCUUCCCCGUGGUGAGCAGAGCCUGCCGUGAAACUAUGAAGUUUUUUUUAAAAUGUCGAAGUUGCAAUCCAAGCUGACAGAACAUAGCUACGGGAAGUGAAAUAAAGGAUUCCAGCCAGGGUGUGAAGGGGAGUAUCAUGGAGAUCCAAAAGUGCAAAAUCUGGAGGAACCUGCGCUCCUGUUCUUCGAGAACUUAAAGAGAUGGGAUAAAUAUGAAUCCAAAGCUUCAAUAGAUCCGAAUUUGCUUUUCAUGUGACGGUGGGUGUCCAGCUUUGUCUGGGACACCCAAACAUGGGACUAUGCCGGCAGAUUCUCUGGGGAUGAACAUGGGACCAUGAAUAUGAAGUUUUUUUUUUUCCGGAUAUGCGCCGGGAACCACAGGAAACCAUCGGUAGGGGUGAAAUAGAAACCUAUCGGGUUCCUUCCCCUGCUACCGCGGUUGGUCAAACAUGUGUACAAGGGAGCGGGUUUUGCCAUGGUUUGAAGAUAACUGGCUCAGGGGAGGGAUUUGUGUUUGGAUAGUUUUUUUUUUUUUUGUGUUUGGAUUUGGGAAGGAUUUGUGUUUGGAUAGUUUUUUUUUGUGUUUGGAUUUUGUGGACUUUUCUCUCUCUUUUAGUAUGAAUAGUUUUGCAGAUUUUAUUUUUGUAUCUAGGCAUUGUCUCAAGCUUGUCACUUUUGUAUUUUGGAGCUUGGCUCAUCUGUCUCAAGCACCCCAAAGGGAACAGUUUGCUAACGGAGUGAUACUAAUUUGUUAAAGUAAUUGUCCUAAAUAGGACUAAAAUAAUAAGAAAGUUCCAAAAUAGGAGUUCCUCUUUAUUUAUUCCCCAAAUAAGAGUUAUUUGUUAAUUGACCGUUCCUUUUUCCAAUUCUACCCCUCUUUACAGUUACCCUAUAUUUAUGUCAGAUUCUUCUCGAUCUCCCGCACCUUCUCCCCUCUUUCUCCCUUCCUUCUCCCUCUCCCCUGCCCCCCCAACUCUGGCGCACAUGGAUUUCAGACAUGUUGUCUCGUUUCUCCAUCUUCAUCAGGAAUCUCAUUUCUCCAUCGCCGGAUCUGUCAAUUUUUUUCAUCUCCGGCCACCGAUGGGCGACGCCGUGACGACACAGAUCUGAUAUUGGCAGUGGUGGAGCCAAAAGAAACAAAGGUGGCCGCACCAGACUAGGAUCCGGCGGCGGCGACAGCGACGCCGGCAACAAUGACAGUGACCGACGGUGGAGGCGGCAGCAUCGGAGGUAUCGGUGUUGGUGGCGACGGCAUCAACGUCGGCGGUGGCCGGAGGAGGCGCUGCCGGGGGCGGCGGCUGCCGGAGGCGGUGGCAACGUCUAGUGCAGGUAGUAGGUGGUGUCUGCGGUGAUCUGUUGGACUGAUGUCUUACGUGCAAGAUAAGACCAUAAUUGUGUACAGCUGUUGUUUUAAUAUUUUAACUUAGGUAUACCGAGUAUUUGAGAUUUUGAGCUAAGACAUUAGCCUUUUCAUUAAGGGUAGUUUGGUCAACUCACUUAAUUUUACUCCUAUGUAAUCACACGGAACAUUAAACUCCUACUUUUGUACUUUUAUUAUGUUUUACUC